UUGUACUUGAAGAUGUACGGGUCGACUAUAUAUAAGUGGCAUUCGGCCCCUCGGCCAUCACUCGCGACCCGGCAACCUCCACCAUGAUUUCCAUUUGGGUGGUGACGACAAUCAUGCUGGCGAUGGCAGGGACCAUCAGCGCAGGCUACGAGUACAAUGUACCAAACCCGGUUUUCGGUCCCUACUCUGCUCAGGGUUCUUCCUCGACUGGUUAUGCCCGACCCGGAUCUAACUACAAAGCCUCCUCCAACUUAGGAUUCAAUUCUGCCUUUGGAAACUAUGGUAACUACGGCGCAUCUACCGGCAUUGGCUCUGGCUUAACCAGUACCGGCUACCCAACAGGAUCAUAUGUUCAAAGUGGCUCAUCACUUAGCUCUGAUUCAAACAAAAAGUACCUGUCUGGAGCGGGAUCGAGUUACAACUCUGGAUACUACCAAACAGGUUCAGUAUCUACUCCCGGAAGUGGGUCUGGAUACUACCAAACAGGUUCAGGAUCUACUGCCGGAAGUGGGUCUGGAUACCAAACCGGUUCAGGAUCUAAUACUGGAAGUGGGUCUGGAUACUACCAAACAGGAUCCGGAACCAAUACUGGAAGUGGAUCAAAUUUCAACGUACAUGGCUCUAGUCAAUCAAAUCAUAACUCUGGCUCAGCUUUUGGAACAGGAUCUAACAAUAACUACGGUUCAACCGGUUCUUUUGGAUCUAAUAAUUAUGGACCUAGUUCAGGACACCAGCUUACUGAAUAUCAAACUACUUUUGAAAGUACAUCGGAUACGAGCGGCCUAGAUAAAAUUGGCAGCCACUACGAAUCAGCCAGUGCCGCUAACCAGUUUCAGUCCUCAAAUCAAUACCAUUCAGCAGCUAAACAAGAAUAUUACAUUCAAAAUUCCCAACAGCCUACACAAGUAUUCAAACAUUUUUACGUACUCUCCGCACCUGAAGAACCAGAGCCAGUCAGGCAACGCCAACCGAUUGUAUUGCCUCCCACACAAAAACACUACAAAAUCAUAUUUAUCAAGGCACCCAGUCAACCAGCGCCAUCUCCGCAGAUUAUCACAGUACCUCAACAAAAUGAAGAGAAGACUAUUGUCUAUGUCUUGGUAAAGAAACCAGAAGAUGUCAAGAACAUUGCUCUACCUAAAUUCGAAUCUAAGGCACCGACAAAACCCGAAGUAUUUUUUAUCAAAUACAAUGACAAAUCCGAUUCUCAAGCCCUCAUUGAUAACAUUGUCAGUGAUUACAACAAAGGUGGCGUAAAGGCAUCUUUUUCUAAUUUAAAUGGCAAAGGAGCCACGUACACUGCAACUGGGCCAACUUCAACGAGCGAAGAUACUUCAGGAUCUCUUGACAGUAUUUUGCACUCAGAGCAAUCAUUAGUGGUUGGUGGAUCAGAUACUUCUAGUCAAUUUAAUGAAGGCAGUACUCUUUUAAAUAACAAAGAUGCAUCCAUUGAAACUGGCAGUGGAACUAAUCUUCAGUCAACAUCAAAUUCUGCAACGGGAUCUAUUUAUGUGCCUUUCAAAUCAACUGAAACCAGUAGCAGUUACAAUUCCUAUGAUUCGGCUAUAAAACCGACCGGUAACUUUCCUUCUGUAAAUAACGACGUAAUUUCAAGCACGUCUGAUUCUGCUGUGAAAACUAUUGACAACAGAUUUAAUUCUGAAAUCGUAGCUAGUAAUAUUAACCAGGAUGCCGGUGAAACAUUUGCAGCGGUAGUAAAUGAUGAGUCUAGUUCUGUAUCUUCAAUUAUUUCAAAUUCGAAUUUGGAGAGCAGUACUUUCGAUGCAUCAAGUGGUCUUGAUACUACUUUACCUAACUAUGCACCAAGCAAUUUGUAUGGGAGUUCUAUUGUCAAAGGCUCUGGCAACGGCUUAGGUAGCUCAACUACUUUUGGAGCUGGAGGAAAUAGUGGAUCAAAUGCGGCUACAUCUUUGGGGACUGAAUUAGGUUAUAACUCUGUAACAUCUUACAAUUCCUAUAACACAGUCAAGCCCAGCGUUAGCUUUGGCACAAAUUAUAAUAACUUAGAUUCCAGUAGCGGAAGCGGUGCAGUUGGCUCUGAAAAGUACAGCUCGUCCUCUGGAUUUGGGUCUAGUGUAUCAUCUGCAAACACAUAUCAUCAAAACAGCCUACCGUACAACUCGUUCGGCUCCACAACCGCAAACGUCUUGCCUUCUGGCACCCAAUCGAGUUUUGAUUCUUCUCUAGUGUCACCGAGUCAAGGAGUUCCCCAUGAAACCUAUGGCCCCCCCAAGUUUAAAGUAUUUUAGAGUUAAAGAAACUGUUUAACUACAACUGAUAAUAUAAUAUUAUUCAAUAUUUGACUGUACCUUAUUACCUAUUGAA